GCAACACACAAAGCUCUCUCCCUGCAACUCGAUCUUCUUUUGUUGAUAGUUACUCGAGUAACACGUUUUCGUCACCGAUACAGUUCUUUAGUGCAAGUGAUGGCGGCGAAGGUUCAGUGAACGGUAGCAACACUGGCAACUCACAUGGCUCUGGGGCUGAGUUCUGGGAUCUGCUCCGGAAGCACGGGUCCCGGUUCAGGAGCCCACUCGGAGACCUCUUCAUCUCCCGGGAUCAGCGUUCCCAUCCCGAUUACCCCGACCGCGAUGCUGCCGAAUCCCAUGUUUGCGCUGCCGACGCUCAACUUCACCGUGACCCAAGUGGCUGCUGUUUGUGAAACCCUGGAGGAAAGUGGUGAUAUCGAAAGAUUAGCUCGGUUCUUGUGGUCUUUGCCCGUGGCGCAUCCGAACAUCGGCGAACUGAACAAGAACGAAGCAGUGCUUAGAGCCAGGGCGAUCGUGUCCUUCCACAGCGGCAAUUUCAGAGAACUCUACUCGAUUUUGGAGUCGCACAAGUUCACCAAGGGCUCCCACGGAAAGCUGCAAGCCAUGUGGCUGGAAGCGCACUACCAGGAGGCCGAGAAACUGAGGGGUCGUGCUCUGGGUCCGGUUGAUAAGUAUCGCGUGCGGAAAAAGUUCCCCUUGCCUCGUACCAUCUGGGACGGUGAGCAAAAGACGCACUGUUUCAAGGAACGGACUAGGAGUUUGUUGCGGGAAUGGUAUCUGCAGGAUCCGUACCCGAAUCCGACCAAGAAGCGGGAGCUGGCCCAAGCGACGGGGCUGACCCCGACGCAGGUUGGGAACUGGUUCAAGAACCGCAGGCAGAGGGACAGAGCUGCAGCUGCGAAAAACAGGAUGCAGCAACAACAACUGGCCGCCCAGCUCGCCCACCACGGAGGAUCAGGUCGACAGCCACCUUUGAGCCCCACGCCCUCCGACAGCGACUCUGACAUAUCUCUAGGAGCCCAUUCCCCCCCGAUCAGCUCCCCGGGUCCUCUGCAUUUUGGGCGCACCUCCCCCAACCCGAUAACCUCCUUCCGCUUCGGGGCCCACUCCCCGGGUCCCAUGCCGGCGCAAUUCCGCUUCGGCGGCACCCACACCCCACCGAACUUCUCCCCCAACUUCAGGAUCGACCGCGGAAAGGGCAGAAACUCCGAGUCACCCAUCAAUGUGGACAGUGCGACCUCAAACUACGCAGCGGUCAAUCUGAGACUCACCGAGAGCCCCAUCGAUGUGGACUCCACGGAAAAGAGCCCCCUGAAGAUGGACUCUCCACCCCAGACAUCUCUGCAGCACUCGCCGCCCAUGAACUUGAGAAUAGCGGAUAAUUUGCGGAUGGAAAACGCGAAAAUUGAAACCCCCUUGCCACUGAGGUUGGGGCACCAAUUAAACCCGAUUAGCACCCCCUUGAGGAUUCAGGUUACCGCUCCCAGUCGACCGCCCCCGCAUACUAAUCUCCACGGGAUGUACACGCACGGGGGGAUCGUGCGGAUUGCCCCUCCAAGCCCAAACGCCGGUGUCUUGCAUCGGCCGUUCUCCCCCCCGAGAUUGACGUGAUAUUCGCCUUACGGGUGCGAGGAGUCUUUGUGAAUAGUAGAUUUGAUGCAAUGUUAUGUAUAUUUAUUCGCUUUCAUGUAUAUGGACCGUAUCUGAUUGAAAAUUCAUUUGUAGCACCUGUAUUGUUUCUAAGUUGGCUAAUCUGUGUAUUUGUCAUUAGUGUCAGUUGUCAUGUUAAUUAAAUUAGAAAUCAGGAAAACUAAAUGGAAGAUGAAUUCUCUGGAAACAACUUCCAAAGAGCAAUAGAAUGCCAAAUUGGAUAGUACAUAUGACAAAAAAUAUUGAUGACAGCUGUCCAGAGUAGCCAACCCAGAGAAAAAUACAUGUACUCCAAACGAAACUUAUCCGAAAUGGAUAAUUGUACAAAGAUAAAUUAGGGCGGGCUGAUGAACUUGCUGUAAAUGUUCAGUGGCAAUGUUAUUGUCGACAACGGUGUCGAAUAUUUUGGUUUAUAUUGGGAACUACAAUUUUUUGCCAAACGAAAUAAAAUAUGUGUACUAGUCAGUAAAAACGUUAUUACAAUAAUAACAGAUUCUGUUGAAAAUUGUAACUUUUUCUUUUGAUAUUUCAUCCUAGUAAACUGCAUACUUCAAAAACAUUUAUUUGGAUGUUAAUUUGAACAUUCUAGCAGAAAAAAUAUAACAAAAAUUUAAUAAAGAAUAGGGAAACCCUAGAGCCUCAUCCCUACUAAAACUGAGUAUAUCCAUAGUCGUUCACAAGGAUGAGUGGCGAUGAUUAUCAGUAUGCUAACCAAAAAACUAUUGUGAAUAAUGAGAUUUCAGGCAAACAAUAAGAUAACUUCUUCCCAUAAACUACUCAAGUUGAUUUUUCUGCUUCUUCUUCAACUUCAUCUGCAUUCAGCAUAGUUUGUUCAAUGUUUUACUUAAUCUCUGUUCGUAUCAUGGAACUCAAAUUAGGAGGAGUUGAAGUAGUGUUACUAAUUUCUGAUAAAAUCAUGAUUCAAGCCACUGCAUCAACUACUUUUACUGCCUGAAUCCUUUUGUAUAUAUUGAAUGUAUCGACCACAUAUUAUGGCUGACAGCUCCUGGUACAUAAAACAACUACUUUCCGUUUUCUGAAUGCUGUUGUUAACUCAUAACAGAUCUUGUUCAAUUUCAAUAGGAAAGAUGUCUUCAGUUUGUCAUUAGUUGCUAUCUAACUAACUCAAGAAUAUGACAAUGGCAAAGGUGGUUCAACGAACGAUACGUAAAUUCUUUUCUGUUAGUGAUUCCGCACUUAUGAAUUUCUUAAUGGAAAAUUAAGUUCAAAACUGCAAUAUACCUCAAGUUGUUGUUAUUCUGCUGAUUACAUUACACUAUCAACAAUACCACUAGCUUGGCAAAAUCAGUGAAGAUGAUCCCUUUCCAAAGCGAUAUUGAUACAUCUCCUCAUCUUUCGCGUUUUGGGAGUUUUCAAUUUCCAGAAAAAAUACUUUGAGUGUAUUCAGGUCACUUUGAUUGGGCUGAAAUUUUGAUACUUCGAAUAGAAAUAUUCUUUAAGACACAUUUUCACGUAUGACUUUCCAUAAAUCAGCAAUAAAUGAAUCCUUUCCUCUAUCUCAGUUAAUGAACUAAUAUUUCUACCAGAUCAAGAAACAAAUAGUUUCGAUUGGCGGAGGUAAUGCGAAAUUUAUUUUGGAAUAUUAUGAGUGCAAUCGAAUGGAAUUUGUUUUCAAACUCAGAUUUGACAUUUGAAAACUUCCAUAUGAAAAACGAUUUUGAGAAAUCAAGUUCCUAACAACCCCAGAAUUACUUUAUUUCUAUGUCAAAAUCACCUUUUUUUGACUAUAGUACCGCUGAAAUAUGUAAUAAAUGAUUUUUAUUUUCCACUAAUACAAGCGUUACCACCGUAACAAUUGGUACUUCGACAAUAUUUGAAUAAAGUUAUGUGGCCUCCCUAUGGACGACAAUCCUCACAAGUCGAAUCCUGUGCGAGUUGAAGAUUAACGAGGUCUCCCUUCUUUACGUGCGAUUCCCAACACAUGUUGGAAAUCAUCAAAUAUAUCCAGCAACAUCCAUCUUUGAAUGUCUGAAUGUAACUUAUCAUCCUUGACGAGACUGUGUUAUUUAAUUGAAUACUCAAACCAGUAACCUUUCAAGUUAUCCAAAGUCUGGGAUCAAUAGCUUCAACAUAUAAAUAAUCCGCUUGAACUUUAGAGAUAUAAGUAUCACGGAAUUAAAUUACACAUUAACGUAUAAUCCUCUGAAAAGCCCACUCAUAUGAGAGUGAUCUUUGCACAUUUGAAAGAAUAUUGGAUCUGUGGAAAAAUAUUUCUCCGACUUGCAUGCAAAAAAUUAUAGUUCCGCUAUAUCGAACACACGAUUGGCUUAUUCGAAUAGAAAAGCAUUUUAGUCAAAUUUGAAAAUGCACAUAGUUUUCGUUCAAUUGUAGUCUUAGUAUAUUACCAAUGGUGGAAUAUUAUAUCACGAUUUGUAAUAUGAUUGAAACUAUGGUUGACGUACAUUAUUUUAUUGAGUAUAUAGAUGUUUGCGUAUUUGGUUUGUAGAUGAAAUUCAUAAUACGUUAUCGUUUUAUUAUAUAAAUGAUUAUAUUAUAUAUUUAUAUUGAUUGUCGAAUGUACAUAUG